AUCGCGUCUGGUCUUCACGACAGUUCUCAUCGUUUUAUGGUAACGUAAAGUGUUGCUGCAGAAGAUAACAUGUGGAGAGUUCAGUAACCAAACAAAACACCACCAGAUGGAGAACUACAAUAAAGCUCGGACGGUGGAGCAGCCGCCCAUCUGUCCCUUCCCCGGCCUCCCCCCUGACACGCCGGAAGUCCGCGUCAAAGAAAACAGCAAGAUCCGCAACCUGCUGCGCUACGCUCAGAUCCGCAUGGAGGCCAAACCCCGCGCAGCGGAGGAUGAGGGACGAUGCACUCCUGAGGACGGAGGCGUGGCUGUGGAGGGACAACAGGAAGCACCAGGCCGGCCGCUCUGCAAACAGAUCGUCUUCACCGCGGUCGGUAAGGGCGUGUCUAAAGCCAUCACAUGUGCUGAGAUCGUAAAGCGGCGUGUGAAGGGGCUGCACCAGCUCACCAGGCUGCUGUUCAGCACCGUGCAGGAGGUGUGGGAGCCGCUGGAGCCCGCCGCCGGCCUCGACAGCCUGACGGUCAGCAGGAACCUGCCCACCAUCUGGAUCCUCCUCUCCAGAGAGCCGCUGGACUGUAGCCAGCCCGGGUACCAGGCACCGGGCCGCUACGAUGCCCUGUGGGCUCAGUCUGCUAACAGGGAGGAGGGUGGACAGAGACCAGGACACAAGAGGAAGAAAGGAGGAGUAGGGGGUGGGGGUGGGGGUGGUGGCAGCAGCGGCGGCGGCGGCGGCAGAGGGAGGGGACCCGGCCGUCAAACUGGACGGUCCAAAGAGCCGACUAAAGGACAGAGUUGAUGUAACUUUUUACAAACUGCUUGAACAAAAACGCUGUGAAAGAACAUGAGGAGGAUGCUCAGUGGACACCUGCGCCUCAUUCCCACUGCAUGGCUCGACUCAACUCUCAUGCUUUUCUUUUUUGCUUUCCUCAGCAGAUCGUACCCCCUCAGUGUAUUCUCAGCUGAUCACCAAAGUGACCACAUGUGAAACAGCAGUGACAUCAUCUUCAACACAAAACUCAAUGAACCAUUUCAUCAGCAGCUAAACAGAAGAACGACUGCACUUCGAUUGUUCACUGUAGUUUUGUGGGCUGACUAUAUACUGGCUAUAUUUGUGUUUUUUCAGCGCUGCGUCUCUUGGAUUUUGUGACUAAUUUUCUGUAAAGCCCCGACCUCACCUAAGGGCUGUGGAGGGA